AUGAAUGGGCGCAACAACCAAGAUUCCACCGAUUCUGAUCAACUAAGUCGCCGACAUCAGGCAAGCACGUCUUCUUCGCUGAAGCACUCAACAUCAAUAUGCGAGAUAGAUCUAGAAUUUGAUAAAGAUGCUAUUCACGAAGCUGAAAGCACUCCUGGUGUAUAUUACAACAACUCGGUCGCUUUGCAGAGGCCUAAAGUUUCUGUUGACGGUCUUGUUGAAUUCGUUGAUUCAUUAACACAAGAUGAUAUCAAAGUUGCAUUUGAGAAAUUUCCCCAAGGGCUUAUUAAGCCGUACGUUCACUCCCAAAGAAGUGGCAACUUGCAAAGGAACAGAUACAAGGGCAUUUAUCCAUAUGACGAUUGCAGAGUAAAGAUUCGAGGUGAAGAUACGGACUACAUCAAUGCAAGUUUUAUUGAUGGAUAUAAAAAGAGGAAAGAGUACAUCGCCACCUUAGGACCAAUGUCGUAUCAACUGGGUGGUGAAUUCGAACCCUUCUGGCGAAUGGUUUGGCAACAGAAAGUUGAGAAGAUUGUCAUGGUCACAAACCUGAUUGAAAAUGGGACGGGUUAAUGUGAACAGUAUUGGCCAGACGUUGGUACUAACAAGAUGUAUGGCGAGUUUAGAAUUACGUGUCAUUCCGAGGACAUGUAUGCCGAGUUUACAAGAAGAGCCCUUUCAAUUGUAAAG